UAUAAUCUUAACCAAAUUUACAUAAUUUUAUAUAAAUUGAUUGAAUUUAAAAUAUCUUUCAAUAAUUUAACAUAAUUUAUUAGUUUUUUAAUGUUUUUUUCCAAAAUUUUAAUUUCACAUUUUUAAUAUAAUUAUGAUAAUACAUGAGAAUAACUUCAAGUAUAAUACUUCUGAUAAACUUUGUAAAUGGCUUAGCUCCUUUACUUGAAGUUAAUCAACCUCCUUAUACUCUCAUCAAUGUGAAUCUUGAACACAACUCCAACAUCGACUCUAUCUCACGUAUGGGAGUGGAUGAGCGAAAUUCCAAACAAAUAAACUUCAACAUUUAUCAAGAAGAGAAGAACGAGGAAUUGGAAGAAAAGUAUAAAAAAUUAAAGAAAAAUCAAGAAGAUUUAUACAAUAAGAUCAUCCUACAAUAA